AUGGGGAAUGAUCCUCCCAGGAUCAAAACGCGUACUUAGUCGGGAGACAACCGAAAGGCAGUGAUAAAUCGGGAGAGGGAGUGAGGUCGUUUGGCAAGACGUCGAUAGACUGUGCUUGCGCUCUGGUCUCCAAGGCCCUGGAUGCUGGCAGCAAGAUUAUGGCGAUCGGUGAUGUUAUUUAGCCAAAUCUGAGCCUGAGCCACGCUGCAUUCCCAGUGCUCUGAUCAAUAAUCUGCACUCGAACGUACUCCUUCUGCCGCCGCUGGUGGUGUCAAAUCUCCUGCUUUCUUGCGGGUUCUUGAUGAAAGUCGGAGACCUGUUUGUCUGUGAGGGUGGGUUGAUGAUGCGAGCGCGGUGGCCGGAGUGUGGGUCUUGGUGACGAUUGCUGUGGACAUUGGGAUAUUGGCGUGUGGAUGGCAGUGAAGAAGAAUCUGGAACCGAGAAGACCCUGAAACGAAGUCGCAUGGCUUUGCUACUCAUCUAGGGUUUUUGAGCUGGGCGGAGCUGGUUGUUGGUGACUUGCAAUUGCUCACUCUCUGUUUUUUGCUUGUUAUUGCUCCGUGGCUGUGAUGAAAUCUACCCAAGGUUAGCUGAUUGCCUGCCUCAGUUUUUGCCAAAAGUGAUGGCGGCAGUGAGAUGAUUUUCGAAUUUCUGAGCUGUUAUCAUUCUCGGUUAAGUUUUGAAGGCAGCCUGUUUACCCACAGUUCUGUACGUUGUGGCACUCUUACGCUUUGAGUUUAUUUUAGUAAAGCUUUUGGCAUAUCACUUGAUUUUCAUCGUUUC